AUGAGAAGAAUAACAAUUAUUUUAAUUAAUUUUGUUUUAUUUUUUAUUUCUUUAUUUUUAUUUUCUUUAUUAAUAAAUGCUGAAUUGAGUAAAAAUAACGAAAAAAUUUCUUGGAUUGUUGGUAAAUGGCGUUCAGAAUUUUCUGGGAAAGUUGUUUGGCCAAGUAUUCCGACAAUGACUUUUGGAGAAGAAUUAAAUAUACAAGAGGCUCCAAUGGCUGGAACUUCCGGGGUGCAAUUCCUUAAUUGGAGUGCUCGUGCUUGGUCACAUUCCACAAAAGACCAUUUCCACGAUGAAUGGGGAUUUAUUACAGUAGAACCAAAUGGGAAUGCAACUUUAAUGACGGCAGGGAAUAACGGAUUUACUACUUAUGAAGUUGGGGAAGUGACUAGAAAUAAAAUGAUUUUAACAUUAAAAGAUAUUGGAAGGAUUUCAUUUUCGAGGGAUUUGCCUGUAGAAGAUCUUCGGAGAACUUUUAUUAAACAUGAUGAUACUUAUAUGGAACAAAUUUUGGAAAUGAGAACAGCAACUCACCCAAGACUAGGAUAUUUAGAACAUACAAGAGUUGUUUAUACAAAAAUUGUUUAG